AAGAAAAAGAACAAAAGCAAGAAAAAAAUUGCCAGCCAGAGGCCCAGAAUAGCCAGUUCAUCCUUUCUUAGUAUCUUUACCCACAAAGACCCAACACAUCGCUUUCUAUUCUUCCAUGCAUGCCUUCUCCUUUCUCCUUUUUGGAUUCAUAAAGCUUUUGACGCAUUGAUUACUUUCUGGGUUUGAAGAUUUUCAGGGCGUCCAGCCCUGGAACCCAGGAAAAAUGUACUCUGGGAUCCAUCUGAUCGAUGGUAGCGUCGGCCAUGAGAGUUUGCCUGGAUCUCUUGAAGGUACUAAUCUCCCUGGUGAUGCUUGUUUAGUUCUUACUUCCGAUCCGAAGCCUCGAUUACGAUGGACUGCUGAGCUCCAUGAGAGAUUCGUUGAUGCGGUUACUCAGUUGGGUGGCCCUGACAAAGCAACUCCAAAGACUAUUAUGAGAACAAUGGGGGUAAAAGGCCUCACACUCUAUCAUUUGAAGUCUCAUCUACAGAAAUAUCGGUUGGGGAAGCAAUCAUGCAAGGAAUUCACUGACAACUCCAAGGAUGCUUCUUGUGCGGCAGAAAGUCAGGGUACUGGUUCAUCAUCAUCGUCAUCCUCAUCAAGAUUGAUGGCCAAAGACAUAAAUGAUGGUUAUCAGGUUACUGAGGCACUACGACUCCAAAUGGAAGUCCAAAGAAAGCUGCAUGAACAGCUAGAGGUCCAGCGUCAUCUCCACAUUCGGAUUGAAGCGCAAGGCAAGUACUUACAAUCCAUACUUGAAAAAGCCUGCAAAGCUCUCAAUGAGCAGACCCUGGCAUCAGGUGGGGUUGAAACUGCUAGGCAAGAGCUCUCUGGACUGGCAGUCAAGGUCUCCAAUGACUAUCUAGGCAUGGUCCCACUUGACACACUUAAAAUGCCUACUCUGUCCGAGAUUGCGGCGGCUUUGGAAGAGAAAUCUGCUUCUAAUGGGCUGGCAAGAAUUGGAGAUUGUUCUGUUGAAAGCUGCCUGACAUCGACUGGGAGUCCAGUAUCUCCCAUGGCUAUUGCCAUGAAGAAAAGAUCUCGGCACAUCUCGGCCACAGGGGAUUCGUUGCCCUGGGAUAGUGAUAUGCGGGAAGAUGUCGAGUGGAUGAUGACCAGUAUUUGAUGAAAGAAAGGGCCAAGCCCCCAAAGUAAAUGCCUCUUUUGUGGCAAUUAAACUGACCGAUCAAUCUGUUAUCCCACGUGUAACACCAGUAGUCUGUAUAUUCUCUAAUCAGAUCCUUGUACUUAAGGGACACCUCUCAGUUGGAAUUUAAGUUUGGCAUCCUUUUAUGCCUAGAAGUAACAGAAUCAAGAAAAUUUCUAGUCA